AUGAAACUGUUAGAGAACAGCAGUUUUGAAGCUCUGGGCUCUCAACUCUGUGUUGAAACGGGAGAGUCUCACAUCCUGGGCAGGUAAUUACCAUCACAGCACUGGAGCAGCAGUAGAUCAAACGACCUCAUUUCUAGUCACAUGGUACAAAGUGUUCUGUAAAGGCUGCCAUGGUACAAAGUGUUCUGUAAAGCCUACCAUACUGUUGCAUGACUAACACAUAGGUUCAAAAUUUAACAGGGUCUAAAUGUACUGGCCGUUAGUAGGCUUGUGUCUGAACCGCAAGUACGUAGCCCAACCCCUCCUCGGGUGUAUUUCUGAUUGGGUUAAGAGGCUCUAUUUUAAAAGGCAAGAUUAACACUGGGGCUCUGUGGAAGCGUCAAUAACAACAUAUGUCAAGGCUGAGGACACUGGCACUGGUAUGUAAACACAGAGAUAAACAACAAACUGUCAGAAUGAGAUGGUCAACUGAACUUUAAAAAUAUAUAUAUAUGCAGUGCCUUCGGAAAGUAUUCAGACCCCUUGACUUUUUCCACAUUUUGUUACGUUACAGCCUUAUUCUAAAAUUGAUUACAUUUUAUUUUUAUUCAUCAAUCUGCACACAAUACCCCAUAAUGAUGAAGCAAAAAACGUUUUUUAGAAAAUUUUGCUAAUGUAUAAAAAAUGUAAAACUGAAGUAUCACAUUUUCAUAAGUUUUCAGACCCUUUACUCAGUACUUUGUUGAAGCACCUUUGGCAGCGAUUACAGCAUCGAGUCUUCUUUAGUAUGACGCUACAAGCUUGGCACAUCUGUAUUUGGAGAGUUUCUCCCAUUCUUUACAGAUCCUCUCAAGCUCUGUCAGGUUGGAUAGGGAGCGUUGCUGCACAGCUAUUUUCAGGUCUCUCCAGAGAUGUUCGAUCGGGUUCAAGUCCGGGCUCUGGCUGGGCCACUCAGGGACAUUCAGAGACUUGUCCCGAAGCCACUUCUGCGUUGUCUUGGCUGUGUGCUUAGGGUCAUUGUCCUGUUUGAAGGUGAACCUUCGCCCCAGUCUGAGGUCCUGAGCACUCUGGAGCAGGUUUUCAUCAAGGAGCUCUCUGUACUUUGUUCCGUUCAUCUUUGCCUCGAUCCUGACUAGUCUCCCAGUCCCUGCCGCUGAAAAACAUCCCCACAGCAUGAUGCUGCUGCCACCACCAUGCUUCACCGCAGGGAUGGUGCCAGUUUUCCUCCAGACGUGACACUUGUCAUUCAGGCCAAAGAGUUCAAUCUUGGUUACAUCAGACCAGAGAAUCUUGUUUCUCAUGGUCUGAGAGUCUUUAGGUGCCUUUUGGCAAACUGCAAGCGGGCUAUCGUGCCUUUUACUGAGGAGUGGCUUCCGUCAAGCCACUCUACCAUAAAGGCCUGAUUGGUGGAGUGCUGCAGAGAUGGUUGUCCUUCUUUAAGGUUCUCCCAUUUCCACAGAGGAACUCUAGAGCUCUGUCAGAGUGACCAUCAGGUUCUUGGUCACCUCCCUGACCAAGGCCCUUCUCCCCCGAUUGCUUAUUUUUUCCGGGCGGCCAGCUCUGGGAAGAGUCUUGGUGGUUCCAAACUUCUUCCAUUUAAGAAUGAUGGGGGCCACUGUGUUCUUGGGGACCUUCAAUGCUGCAGAAAUGUUCUGAUCUGUGCCUGGACACAAUCCUGUCUCGGAGCUCUAUGGACAAUUCCUUCCUCAUGGCUUGGUUUUUGCUCUGACAUGCACUGUUAACUGUUGGGACCUUAUAUAGACAGGUGUGUGCCUUUCCAAAUCAUGUCCAAUCAAUUGAAUUUACCACAGGUGGUCUCCAAUCAAGUUGUAGAAACAUCUCAAGGAUGAUCAAUGGAAACAGGAUGCACCUGAGCUCAAUUUCGAGUCUAAUAGUAAAAGGUUUUUAAUUUUUAAUACAUUUCUAAAACACUGUUUUCGCUUUGUCAUUAUGGCGUAUUGUGUGUAGAUUGCAUAGGGAGAAAAAAUAUUUAAUCAAUUUUAGAAUAAGGCUGUAAUGUAACAAAAUGUGGAAAAGAUCAAUGGGUCUGAAUACUUUCCGAAGGCACUGUGUGUAUACUCUGCCGUUCAAAGGUUUGGGGUCACUUAGAAAUGGCCUUGUUUUUGAAAGAAAAGCAAUUUUUUUGUCCAUUAAAAUAACAUCAAAUUGAUCAGAAAUACAGUUUAGACAUUGUUAAUGUUGUAAAUGGCUAUUGUAGCUGGACUCGGCUGAUUUUUUUAAUGGAAUAUCUACAAUAUCUACACGCAAAACACCAGUCUCAACGUCAACAGUGAAGAGGUGACUCCGGGAUGCUGACCUUCUUGGCAGAGUUGCAAAGAAAAAGCCAUAUUUCAGACUGGCCAAUAAAAAGAAAAGAUUAAGACAGUAAUGUAUUUGUCCUCUUGCACAGUUGUGCACCGGGGCCUCCCACUCCUCUUUCUAUUCUUGUUAGAGCCAGUUUGCGCUGUUCUUUGAAGGGAGUAGUACACAGCGUUGUAUGAGAUAUUCCGUUUCUUGGCAAUUUCUCGCAUGGAAUAGCCUUCAUUUCGCAGAACAAGAAUAGACUGACGAGUUAUUUGUUUCUGGCCAUUUUGAGCCUGUAAUCGAACCCACAAUUGCUGAUGCUCCAGAUACUCAACUAGUCUCAAGAAGGCCAGUUUUAUUGCUUUUCUUUCGAAAACAAGGACAUUUGUAAGUGACCCCAAACUUUUGAACGGUAGUAUAUAUAUAUAUAUAUACAGUGAGGGAAAAAAGUAUUUGAUCCCCUGCUGAUUUUGUACGUUUGCACACUGACAAAGAAAUGAUCAGUCUAUAAUUUUAAUGGUAGGUUUAUUUGAACAGUGAGAGACAAAAUAACAACAACAAAAUCCAGAAAAACGCAUAUCAAAAUUUUUAUAAAUAUAUUUUUAUUUUAAUGAGGGAAAUAAGUAUUUGACCCCUCUGCAAAACAUAACUUAGUACUCGGUGGCAAAACCCUUGUUGGCAAUCACAGAGGUCAGACGUUUCUUGUAGUUGGCCACCAGGUUUGCACACAUCUCAGGAGGGAUUUUGUUCCACUCCUCUUUGCAGAUCUUCUCCAAGUCAUUAAGAUUUCGAGGCUGACGUUUGGCAACUCGAACAUUCAGCUCCCUCCACAGAUUUUCUAUGGGAUUAAGGUCUGGAGACUGGCUAGGCCACUCCAGGACCUUAAUGUGCUUCUUCUUGAGCCACUCCUUUGUUGCCUUGGCCGUGUGUUUUGGUUCAUUGCCAUGCUGGAAUACCCAUCCACGACCCAUUUUCAAUGCCCUGGCUGAGGGAAGGAUGUUCUCACCCAAGAUUUGAUGGUACAUGGCCCCGUCCAUCGUCCCUUUGAUGCGGUGAAGUUGUCCUGUCCCCUUAGCAGAAAAACACCCCCAAAGCAUAAUGUUUCCACCUCCAUGUUUGACGGUGGGGAUGGUGUUCUUGGGGUCAUAGGCAGCAUUCCUCCUCCUCCAAACACGGCGAGUUGAGUUGAUUCCAAAAAGCUCAAUUUUGGUCUCAUCUGACCACACCACUUUCACCCAGUUCUCCUCUGAAUCAUUCAGAUGUUCAUUGGCAAACUUCAGACGGCCCUGUAUAUGUGCUUUCUUGAGCAGGGGGACCUUGCGGGCACUGCAGGAUUUCAGUCCUUCACGGCAUAGUGUGUUACCAAUUGUUUUCUUGGUGACUAUGGUCCCAGCUGCCUUGAGAUCAUUGACAUGAUCCUCCCGUGUAGUUCUGGGCUGAUUCCUCACCGUUCUCAUGAUCGUUGCAACUCCACGAGGUGAGAUCUUGCAUGGAGCCCCAGGCCGAGGGAGAUUGACAGUUAUUUUGUGUUUCUUCCAUUUGCGAAUAAUCGCACCAAAUGUUGUCACCUUCUCACCAAGCUGCUUGGCGAUGGUCUUGUAGCCCAUUCCAGCCUUGUGUAGCUCUACAAUUUUGUCUCUGACAUCCUUGGAGAGCUCGUUGGUCUUGGCCAUGGUGGAGAGUUUGGAAUCUUAUUGAUUGAUUGCUUCUGUCUCAGCUCAUUACCUGUAUAAAAGACACCUGUGAGCCAGAAAUCUGUCUGAUUGAGAGGUGGUCAAAUACUUAUUUCCCUCAUUAAAAUGCAAAUCAAUUUAUAAAAACAUUAGUUUUUCUGGAUUUUUUUGUUGUUAUUCUGUCUCUCACUGUUCAAAGUAUGUGAGUAAGAAGUAAGUAAGUAAGAAUGUGAAAUGUCAGAAUAAUAGUAGAGAAAAUAAUUUCUUUCAGAUUUUAUUUAUUUCAUCAGAUUCCCAGUGGGUCAGAAGUUUACAUACACUCAAUUAGUAUUUGGUAGCAUUGCCUUUAAAUUGUUUAACUUGGGUCAAACUUUUCGGGUAGCCUUCCACAAGCUUCCCACAAUAAGUUGGGUGAAUUUUGUUAAGUCAGGUUUGUAGGCCUCCUUGCUCGCACACGCUUUUUCAGUUCUGCCCACAAAUGUUCUAUAGAAUUGAGGUCAGGGCUUUGUGAUGUCCACUCCAAUACCUUGACUUUGUUGUCCUUAAGCAUUUUUGCCACAACUUUGGAAGUAUGCUUGGGGUCAUUGUCCAUUUGGAAGACCCAUUUGCGACCAAGCUUUAACUUCCUGACUGAUGUCUUGAGAUGUUACUUCAAUAUAUCCACAUAAUUUUCCUUCCUCAUGAUGCCAUCUAUUUUGUGAAGUGCACCAGUCCCUCCUGCAGCAAAGCACCCCCACAGCAUGAUGCUGCCACCCCCGUGCUUCACGGUUGGGAUGGUGUUCUUCGGCUUGCAAGCCAACCCCUUUUCCUCCAAACAUAAUUAUGGUCAUUAUGGCCAAACAGUUCUAUUUUUGUUUCAUCAGACCAGAGAACAUUUCUCCAAAAAGUACGAUCUUUGUCCCCAUGUGCAGUUGCAUACCGUAGUCCUGGCUUUUUUAUGGUGGUUUUGGAGCAGUGGCUUCUUCCUUGCUGAGCGGCUUUUCAGGUUAUGUCUAUAUAGGACUCGUUUUACUGUGGAAAUAGAUACUUUUGUACCUGUUUCCUCCAGCAUCCUCACAAGGUCCUUUGCUGUUGUUCUGGGAUUGAUUUGUACGUUCAUCUCUAGGAGACAGAACGCGUCUCCUUCCUGAGCGGUAUGACGGCUGCAUGGUCCCAUGGUGUUUAUAGUUGCACACUAUUGUUUGUACAGAUGAACGUGGUACCCUCAGGUGUUUGAAAAUUGCUCCCACUUGUGGAGGUCUACCAUUUUAUUUAUGAGGUCUUGGCUGAUUUCUUUUGAUUUUCCCAUGAUGUCAAGCAAAGAGGCACUGAGUUUGAAGGUAGGCCUUUAAAUACAUCCACAGGUACACCUCCAAUUGACUCAAAUGAUGUCAAUUAGCCUAUUUGAAGCUUCUAAAGCCAUGACAUCAUUUUCUGGAAUUUUUCAAGCUGUUGAAAGGCACAGUCAACUUAGUGUAUGUAAACUUCUGACACACUGGAAUUGUGAUGCAGUGAAUUACAGUGGGGAAAAAAAGUAUUUAGUCAGCCACCAAUUGUGCAAGUUCUCCCACUUAAAAAGAUGAGAGAGGCCUGUAAUUUUCAUCAUAGGUACACGUCAACUAUGACAGACAAAAUGAGAAAAACAUUUCCAGAAAAUCACAUUGUAGGAUUUCUAAUGAAUUUAUUUGCAAAUUAUGGUGGAAAAUAAGUAUUUGGUCAAUAACAAAAGUUUCUCAAUACUUUGUUAUAUACCCUUUGUUGUCAAUGACACAGGUCAAACGUUUUCUGUAAGUCUUUACAAGGUUUUCACACACUGUUGCUGGUAUUUUGGCCCAUUCCUCCAUGCAUAUCUCCUCUAGAGCAGUGAUGUUUUGGGGCUGUGGCUGGGCAACACGGACUUUCAACUCCCUCCAAAGAUUUUCUAUGGGGUUGAGAUCUGGAGACUGGCUAGGCCACUCCAGGACCUUGAAAUGCUUCUUACGAAGCCACUCCUUCGUUGCCCGGGCGGUGUGUUUGGGAUCAUUGUCAUGCUGAAAGACCCAGCCACGUUUCAUCUUCAAUGCCCUUGCUGAUGGAAGGAGGUUUUCACUAAAAAUCUCACGAUACAUGGCCCCAUUCAUUCUUUCCUUUACACGGAUCAGUCGUCCUGGUCCUUUUGCAGAAAAACAGCCCCAAAUCAUGAUGUUUCCACCCCCAUGCUUCACAGUAGGUAUGGUGUUCUUUGGAUGCAACUCAGCAUUCUUUGUCCUCCAAUCACGAUGAGUUGAGUUUUUACCAAAAAGUUCUAUUUUGGUUUCAUCUGACCAUAUGACAUUCUCCCAAUCCUCUUCUGGAUCAUCCAAAUGCACUCUAGCAAACUUCAGAUGGGCCUGGACAUGUACUGGCUUAAGCAGGGGGACACGUCUGGCACUGCAGGAUUUGAGUCCCUGGCGGCGUAGUGUGUUACUGAUGGUAGGCUUUGUUACUUUGGUCCCAGCUCUCUGCAGGUCAUUCACUAGGUCCCCCCGUGUGGUUCUGGGAUUUUUGCUCACCGUUCUUGUGAUCAUUUUGACCCCACGGGGUGAGAUCUUGCGUGGAGCCCCAGAUCGAGGGAGAUUAUCAGUGGUCUUGUAUGUCUUCCAUUUCCUAAUAAUUGCUCCCACAGUUGAUUUCUUCAAACCAAGGUGCUUACCUAUUGCAGAUUCAGUCUUCCCAGCCUGGUGCAGGUCUACAAUUUUGUUUCUGGUGUCCUUUGACAGCUCUUUGGUCUUGGCCAUAGUGGAGUUUGGAGUGUGACUGUUUGAGGUUGUGGACAGGUGUCUUUUAUACUGAUAACAAGUUCAAACAGGUGCCAUUAAUACAGGUAAUGAGUGGAGGACAGAGGAGCGUCUUAAAGAAGAAGUUAUAGGUCUGUGAGAGCCAGAAAUCUUGCUUGUUUGUAGGUGACCAAAUACUUAUUUUCCACCAUAAUUUGCAAAUAAAUUCAUUAAAAAUCCUACAAUGUGAUUUUCUGGAGAAAAAAAAUCUCAAUUUGUCUGUCAUAGUUGACAUGUACCUAUGAUGAAAAUUACAGGCCUCUCUCAUCUUUUUAAGUGGGAGAAAUUGCACAAUUGGUGGCUGACUAAAUACUUUUUUUCCCCACUGUAUAAGUGAAAUAAUAUGUCUGUAAUCAAUUGUUGGAAAAAUUACUUGUGUAAUGCACAAAGUAGAUGUCCUAACCGACUUGCCAAAACUAUAGUUUGUAAACAAGAAAUUUGUGGAGUGCUUGAAAAUCGAGUUAAAAUGACUCCAACCUAAGUGUAUGUAAACUUCCGACUUCAGCUGUGUAUAUAUAUAUGUGUAUGUAUACACACACACAAACUACCAAUCCGUUUUUCUACCAAACACACACAAACCAAAACCACAACGAUAGACACACCCCUUUCAGAGAUUGAUGUCAUAAAACCUGAAGGGGGUGUGUCGCCUCAUGAGGUGUGUCUGCUAAAGAUUAAUGGUGUAGGCUACCCGAUUUAAGUACCUGAGCAGGACCAGAUGAGGCAAUAUCGUGUGUUAUGCAGUAAGAUUGCCAUAGAAAUGUAGCCCCAUUCAAUCCCUAUAGCGAUUACUGGUAAUAUGGAACAUUUAGCUAAAUAGGCGUAAUCUCUCUCGCAAAAAGUAUUGAUCCCACAAAUAGGGUGAUGGAUGAAUGUUUUUUUGUAAUGCACAGGGGGUUAGAUUAACUGAACUGCAGCAGAGGGGUAUUGUAGGAACUCUAUGAGUUAGCCAGGUAACUUUAAUAAACAACCAGAAAUAACUAUUUAUUUUCUGGUUCAUAAAGAAAGCUAAACGUAGUUAUUCCCACGGGGGGCCAGUAUGAAAAAAAUGUAUGCACUCACUAACUGUAUGCACUCACUAACUGUAAGUCACUCUGGAUAAGAGCGUCUACUAAAUGACUAAAAUGUAAAAAAUAUGUGUUUUUGAAUGUGGAGUUAAGCUUGAAAUGGGCAUGGUCUACUUAUCUUUAAAAAACAACAACUUAUUUUAGAAUAUUUAGGCAAGUUAGCAGGCUAACUCAUUGAUCCUUCUUGGUAGUAUGCCCUUCAGGCUUUGAGGUAACAGUAGAUGUUGCAUAAAGGACUUUAGGUUAUGAAACAAGUGGGUACGGUGAUGGUGAUGACCCCUAUCCUGGCUGUGAUCUAUAGGGGAAGUCUGACGCAGGACAGGGUGUACUCUAGCAUGCCUUUGUGUCUAUUUGGAGACUGUGUAAUGAAGAGUGGUAUGUAGCGUAAACGAGUGACCCCUCUCAUUGAAUCCACAAAGUUCAAGGCCGAAUGCGGUACUGCAGGCAUUGUUUGCAGAAAAACAGGAUCCCCCAUUUAUAGGGUAAAUCCGUAUGAAUUCAAUCACUUUUUGAAAGCAUCCAUUUUGAUUUAAACAAAACUUUCCAUACAUGUUUGCCCAUGGAAGAAGUAGUCAGAAAGGGGCUUUUUGGACCUGAAUGCCAAAACAUUCAGGGGAUAGAGGUGCUCAAAGUUGACCCAUUUUACAUACUCCACCAUACCAUGAGAAAUCCAUGUCUUCAUCACUGGAAAAGAUAAACGGUUGAGUUAAAUAUAUUUUAAAAGCUUAAUCAGAGUUGUUAAACUUCGUUAUUUUUUAUUUUUUUUAAGAAUACAUGUUUAACCUUUAACUUCAAUGAUCUAAAAACGCGUAACCUCCGAUUAUUUUUAUAUUAGCAUAUUUUGUAGCUUAGACCCUACUUUAUAAAAUAUUUAUGGUUUUGUUCAAAUCAAAAGGGGUGCUGUCAAAAAGUGAUUGAAUUCAAAUGGAUUUAUUUACCCUAUAGUGAAUGGGAAAAUGGCAAUAUUUGUGUAUAUAUUAUUUUCUUCUGAAGACAAUCAUGGUACCAAUAUUUGCUUCUAUUACACCAAAUGUAUGUUCUUGAACUGAUUAUUAAAAAAUCACACACAGAAGUUAUAACGAUCAUUUUAGUUGCUAUUGGCAGCCGUCAGUACCCCAGUCGGCCUUCAACUUGUUAUACCCAAUGAGAGGGGGCAGCACUGAGCAAGCCUGCAACGUCACUUCCUGGAGUAGCUCAAACUGCGCAUUUUAUGUAUCCAUUAGACGGCAUCUUAACAAAUGUUUUUGGCUUCAAAUGCGCUAUUGAGUCUUCACAUAGGAAUGAAUGGUGUCACGUGAUCAAUUACUUUGUCAAAUCAUAUACGUCAUUGGCGUAGACACACAUACACACACAGCUGAGCACUGAUACAGUUACGAGGUACUGGUGUUUAGCCUGCUGCUUACUGAAUUAGUAUGGCCAACGAUGGCAGCAAGAGCCACGCUGGCACAAUGUGACCCAAUGAGGCUGCUUCUUUCCACCCUAAUAAUGAGCCAAAGUCUGCUAAUAUUCAACAAAGUUAAACUGGACAAAUUAAUAAUGAUAAACAGAGCACACACUCACAUGUGCAUUUGAGGAAGUUCACAAAUUCUAUCAGUGAUAGUUUUCCAUGGAAUGUCUGUUUCUGGAUACUGUAUUUAUUUGUAUUGAACCAGGAAGUCUGUUACAAAUAGGCCUACACCGACAAACAACUAUCCUUUUUAUAUCCUCAUUUGUGCAUUUAUUCACAACUAGGCCUAAUUAUCCACAGGUUAUUAGCUCAACUUUUCUACAGGUUUGAGAUCUCCAGUCGUCCCUGUUUGUUCAGUAUUUUUUUAUUUGUCUGUUAAUGGAAACUAGGCCAGUCAUGUCACCACCCCCAUGACCUUUGCUCCUUCCUAUAUUAAGACUGGGCCACAGUGUGUCUCUGAGCCAGAGUUUGGGUUGCACAACCUCUGCUCUUACAUAACUGGGGGUGAGGGAAAAAAUAAACACUUCACCAGACCAGACUCUGCUCUACACCCUCUGCAUUCCACCCAACCACACAUUUUGCUUAACAAAUCACAAAGUUAUAUGGACUCACUCUGUGUGAAGUAAUAGGGGUUGACAUGAUUUUUUAAAUUACUAACCCUUCCUCUGUCCCCCAUACAUACAUCUGUAAGGUCCCUCAGCCAAGUAUAGCAUUUCAAGCACAGAUUCGACUACAAAGUCCAGGGAGCUUUUCGAAAGCCUCAUAAAAAAGGACAGUGAUUGGUAGAUGGGUAACAAUAACAAAUCAGACAUUGAAUAUCUCUUUAAGCAUGGUCUAGCUAAUUAUGCUGUGCAUUAUACAUGGCUUGACAUAUUACUUUUUUUUUGACACUUGUCCUUCGGACAUGUAGAACAGAUUUUUUUAAAACUUGUCCAAUAGCUCAAAUCACUUUUUUUGGUCUACGGUUCAAAACAGACUCUGGGACAGUUCUGGGACCACCGAGCUCAACAAUGCGCACAUGGCUGUUGGCUACAUGCGAAUGUUCCAAAAUGCAAAUAGCGGGAAAACACAGUUCUCAAAAGCGCACCCCACACACGAGCAGUUUCAUGUGACAGAGAUGAAAGUAUCCAUUAGAAAUUAAGAAAGGGAAUAUCUAAAGAUGCAUCAACUAGCAUGGCUAGUAUUAUGUGUUUGGCUGCAGGACAAUUAAAGAACGUUGAUUUGAAAGCCAAUAGAACAUGAGAAAUGCUGGUUUCAAUGGCAUAUUAAGUGUUUAUAAUACAAUUCCUUCUACAUUUCAGUGGUUGUAUUUUGGCUAGGUACUUUGAAACAAGGUAAGACAUACUUCAUAAAAUGACAAAACGUCCAGGUUUUAAACAAUUAAGUUUAUGGUUAAAUAGUUUUAAAAUGUUGACCACCUCCGCUCAGAUUCAAGGUGGGUGAUGUUGCCGUGCACAACAGGCACUGUCCUUCACGCUCUGGUCUUGUGACGAUUUGAUCUGCCUUUUAGACGUUAAUGUUAAUUAUCAUUCAUUAUGUUAGUCAAACAUGACUGGCAUUUAGCCUAUAUUUAUGUAAUUAAAAGUCUCAUUAAAGUUUGGCUACAUUUUCUGGCACCUCCGUCAUGUCAGCAUCGGUUUGGACAUGAGGCUGUAGCCAAUAUGCAUAUCACCUACACUUUGACAUGUAGUUUUGUAUUUAUUUAUGUAGGCUACAUGAAACAGAUUUGAAUAUUAUUCCAAUGUUGGUCUCUCUGAUCCAAUUCUGAUCGGAGUAAUUGUUUGAUAUUGUGAUUUCUGUGAUUUUAAAGUUGUACUUGUCCAUUCAGACAACUUAAAUCUACAGUAAAUUGUUCUUGUCUGACUUUUUUUUUUUUACUUGUCCCAGACAGGAGGACUAGCGUUAUGUAUUAAACCACCCAGACACCUCAAAUAUACAGUUGUCCUUUUGAACUGAGCUGCAGGACAGGAAUGAAACUGCUCAGGGAUGUUACUAUGAGGCUAUUGGUGAUUCAAUGGCUGUGAUGGGAGAGAACUGAGGAUAGAUCAAAAACAUUGUAGUGACUCCGCAAUAAGGACUUAAAUGACAGAGUGAAAAGAACACAAAAAUACAAAAUAUUCAGCAAGGUUAGGCAGCAAUGGUAGUGGCAACAAAGAAUGACAGACAAAAUUGUUGUUUGUUUCAUAAAAUAAGCUAAUUAGUGCAGUUCCAUUUCCUAAUAAACAACUCUGGACAGGUACAUCUCCCUUGUCUCACGUACCCCUAAUAUAGACAACAAUCAAUGUCUUAUAUAUGCAAGACAAUCACAGUAUGGUACACAAUAGACACCAAAAGGCAGACCAUAUACUAUCCCGGGCAUUUUCUUCUCACUCACUUUUGAGACAUGAAACGGUUAUAUGUUUCAAAUUCUUUGCUAACCAAGAAGACGGUGAAUGUUCCUAAGUGGCCAAGUUACAGUUUUGACUUAAAUCUGCUUGAAAUAUUAUGGCAAGACUUGAACAUUUCUGUCUAGCCAUGAUCCCCAACAUCUGACAGAGCUUGAAGAAUUAAAAAAAUAAUAAUAGGGAAAUAUUACACAAUCCAGGUGUGCAAAGCUCUAAGAGAAUUACCCAAGAAGACUCACCUGUAAUAAUUGCUGCCAAAGGUGUUUCUAACAUGUAUGGACUAAGGGAGCUGAAUACUUAUGCAAUGACCAUUUUAUAUAUAUAUAUAUAUAUAUAUAUAUAUAUAUAUAUAUACACACACACUGUACAGUGCGUUCGGAAAGUAUUCAGACCCUUUGACUUUUUUCACAUUUUGUUACGUUACAGCCUAAUUCUAAAAUGGAUUAAAUAAAACAUUUUCCUCAUCAAUCUACACACAAUAGCCCAUAAUGACAAAGCAAAAACUGGUUUUGCAAAAAACUAAAAGAUACCUUAUUUACAUAAGUGUUCAGACCCUUUGCUAUGAGACUUGAAAUUGAGCUCAGGUGCAUCCUGUUUCCAUUGAACAUCCUUGAGAUGUUUCUACAACUUGAUUGGAGUCCUACAAAUUGAUUGGACAUUAUUUGGAAAGGCACCCACCUGUCUAUAUAUGUCUGCAGCAUUGAAGGUCCCCAAGAACACAGUGGCUUCCAUCAUUCUUAAAUGGAAGAAGUUUAGAACCUUCCAGAAGGACAACCGUUUCUGCAGCACUCCACCAAUCAGGCCAUUAUGGGAGAAUGGCCAGACGGAAGCCACUCCUCAGCAAAAGGCCCAUGACAGCCUGCUUGGAGUUUGCCAAAAGGCACCUAAAGGACUCUCAGAAUCUCUGGUCUGAUGAAACCAAGAUUGAACUCUUUGGCCUGAAUGCCAAGCGUCACAUCUGGAGGAAACCUGGCACCAUCCCUACGGUGAAGCAUGGUGGUGGCAUUAUCAUGCUGUGGGGAUGUUUUUCAGCGGCAGGGACUUGGAGACUAGUCAGGGAAGGGAAAGAUGAACGGAGCAAAAGUACAGAGAGAUCCUUGAUGAAAACCUGCUCCAGAGCGCUCAGGACCUCAGACUGGGGCGUAGGCUCACCUUCCAACAGGACAACGACCCUAAGCACAUAGCCAAGACAACACAGGAGUGGCUUCGGGACAAGUCUCUGAAUGUCCUUGCGUGAACCAGCCUGAACCCGAUUGAACAUCUCUGGAGACACCUGAAAAUAGCUGUGCAGCAACACUCCCCAUCCGACCUGACAGCGCUUGAGAGGAUCUGCAAAGAAGAAUGGGAGAAACUCCCCAAAUACAGAUGUGCCAAGCUUUUAGCGUCAUACCCAAGAAGACUCGAGGCGGUAAUCACUGCCAAAGGUGCUUCAACUAAGUACUGAGUAAAGGGUCUGAAUACUUAUCUAAAUGUGAUAUUACAGUUUAUAAUUUAUAAAAAACUGUUUUUGCUUUUUCGUUAUGGGGUACUGUGUGUAGAUGUGGGGGGGAAACAAUUUAAUCAGUUUUAGAAUAAGGCUGUAAUUUUACAAAAUGUGGAAAAAGUCAAUGGGUCUGAAUACUUUCCGAAUGCACUGUAUAUAUAUAACAAAAAUAUAAAUGCAACAAUUUCAACGAUUUUACUGAGUUACAGAAAAUAGUCAAUUGAAAUAAAUAAAUGAGGCCUUAUCUAUGGAUUUCACAUGACUGGGCAGGGGCGCAGGCAAGGGUGGGCUAGGGCUAGGCGGUAUACUGUAUUUUACAAUAUACUGGUAUUGAUGCACGGACCGGUUUGGGUUUUUACUUUACCUUCUAUAACGGUAUUUGAAUGUUUAGUUUGUCGAAUGUUAUACUCCGUGUGUAACGUCCAUUUUUAUAGUUUACUUCGCUACUUGAGUCAUCUCUCCGCUCUCUCUCUCUCCGUGCCGCUUUCCACACAGACCUAGCCCUGCCCCCUGUCACUCAAUGAGCACAUUUUUUGUUCCUCGACCACGAGACACUUGCGUUCAGUCUCUGCAUGGUCAAUGCAGCACAUGCAACAAUGUUGAUGACAAUGAUGCUGUUUUCACUUUGCUUCUUUAAAUAAAUCCACUAGCGUUCUAUAAUUACACUGUUGUGUUUCUUACAUCUGCAAACAGCUAGUUUGUCUUUUUUUUAGCAAAUUCGGCCUAAAUCUUUGUUAGCUACCAAUGCUAAUCGCUAAUGCUAAUCGCUAGCUAGCUAAUAAAUGUACUGAGUCAGCGCAAAUGUAACUAGCUAUACAGCUUGAUAAUACCAGUGAUGGUGUAGACCUACACCUGCAUGUUUUUUGUGCAACAGCAUCUUCUAAAUCAAAGAGGAAUACACAAAGCAAGAAUGUUAGCUAUUUGAAGUAGUUAAGAGAAAACAUUAAAUGUAGCCAAAGAUUAUAGGGUCCCCUAGGAAACACUUGUCAACACUUUGAUUCCUACCCUAUCACAAUAACUCCUCCCAGGCAUUUGCAUUUGUUGUCAUGUCAAACACUGUAUUCAAAGUGGCCACUAUUAUAUUUUAACUAUAGAAUUAGAAUGAUCAUUCUAUUUCCAUGAUUCCAACAGUUCACCCAAGUGUUUUGCUGAAAAUCACAAGUCAAAUCGCAUUUGCAACAUUUGGUUAAAAGUAAGGCCUAGAUUGUUUGCCCAUAUUGUGCAGCCCUAAGUGGCAGUGUGGAAAUUAUCUCAAAUGAGUGCAGAAAUUGAUGAAAAUACUGAAAAUAAUUUUUGGUUGAAUUGAACGGUAUAAAACAAUCAGAAUGGAGAAAGACCCAUUGAAAUCACUUAUAAUGUAUGUGUUGCCACCCUAGGUUCACACACUACUCAUAAAGCAAAUGUUUUACUUUUAUUAUUCAAAAACAUCAAAUACCGUCGUUUUUUUUAAAAUACCGUGAUAUUAUAUUUUGGCCAUAUCGCCCAGCCCUAGGGGUAGGCCUGGGAGGCCAUAGGUCCACCCACUUGGGAGCCAGGCCCAACCAAUCAGAAUUGGGUUUUCCCCACAAAAGGGCUUUAUUACACACAGAAAUACACUUCAGUUUCAUCAGCUGUCAGGGUGGCUGGUCUCAUACGUGGCUGGUCCCGCAGGUGAAGGCCGGAUGUGUUCCUGGGCUGGCGUGGUUACACGUGGUCUGCGGUUGUGAGGCUGGUUGGACGUGCUGCCAAAUUCUCUAAAACGAUGUUGGAGGCGGCUUAUGGUAGAGAAAUGAACAUUAAAUUAUCUGGCAACAGCUCUGGUGGACAUUCCUGCAGUCAGCAUGCCACCAACUUGAGACCUCUGUGGCAUUGUGUUAUGUGACAAAACUGCACAUUUUAGAAUAGCCUUUUAUUGGCCCCAGCACAAGGUGCACCAUCAUGCUGUUUAAUCAGCUUCUUGAUAUGCAACACUUGUCAUGUGGAUGGAUUAUGUUGGCAAUGGAGAAAUGCUCACUAACAGGGAUGUAAAGUAAGAGAUAAAUAAGAUUUUUGUCCCUAUGGAACAUUUCUGGGAUCUUUUAUUUCAGCUCAUAGAACAUGGGACCAACACUUUACAUGUUGCGUUUAUAUUUUUGUUCAGUGUAUACAGUGAGGGGAAAAAAGUAUUUGAUCCCCUGCUGAUUUUGUACGUUUGCCCACUGACUAAGAAAUGAUCAGUCUAUAAUUUUAAUGGUAGGUUUAUUUGAACAGUGAGAGACAGAAUAACAACAACAAAAUCCAGAAAAACGCAUGUCAAAAAUGUUAUAAAUUGAAUUGCAUUUUAAUGAGGGAAAUAAGUAUUUGACCCCCUCUCAAUCAGAAAGAUUUCUGGCUCCCAGGUGUCUUUUAUACAGGCAACGAGCUGAGAUUAAUCUUAGAUUGUUACCUGUAUAAAAGACACCUGUCCACAGAAGCAAUCAAUCAAUCAGAUUCCAAACUCUCCACCAUGGCCAAUACCAAAGAGCUCUCCAAGGAUGUCAGGGACAAGAUUGUAGACCUACACAAGGCUGGAAUGGGCUACAAGACCAUCGCCAAGCAGCUUGGUGAGAAGGUGACAACAGUUGGUGGGAUUAUUCGCAAAUGGAAGAAACACAAAAUAACUGUCAAUCUCCCUCGGCCUGGGGCUCCAUGCAAGAUCUCACCUCGUGGAGUUGCAAUGAUCAUGAGAAUGGUGAGGAAUCAGCCCAGAACUACACAGGAGGAUCUUGUCAAUGAUCUCAAGGCAGCUGGGACCAUAGUCACCAAGAAAACAAUUGGUAACACACUACGCCGUGAAGGACUGAAAUCCUGCAGCGCCCGCAAGGUCCCCCUGCUCAAGAAAGCACAUAUACAGGCCUGUCUGAAGUUUGCCAAUGAACAUCUGAAUGAUUCAGAGGAGAACUGUGUGAAAGUGUUGUGGUCAGAUGAGACCAAAAUCGAGCUCUUUGGCAUCAACUCAACUCGCUGUGUUUGGAGGAGGAGGAAUGCUGCCUAUGACCCCAAGAACACCAUCCCCACCGUCAAACAUGGAGGUGGAAACAUUAUGCUUUGGGGGUGUUUUUCUGCUAAGGGGACAGGACAACUUCACAGCAUCAAAGGGACGAUGGACGGGCCAUGUAUCGUCAAAUCUUGGGUGAGAACCUCCUUCCCUCAGCCAGGGCAUUGAAAAUGGGUCGUGGAUGGGUAUUCCAGCAUGACAAUGACCCAAAACACACGGCCAAGGCAACAAAGGAGUGGCUCAAGAAGAAGAACAUUAAGGUCCUGGAGUGGCCUAGCCAGUCUCCAGACCUUAAUCCCUUAGAAAAUCUGUGAAGGGAGCUGAAGGUUCGAGUUGCCAAACGUCAGCCUCGAAACCUUAAUGACUUGGAGAAGAUCUGCAAAGAGGAGUGGGACAAAAUCCCUCCUGAGAUGUGUGCAAACCUGGUGGCCAACAACAAGAAACGUCUGACCUCUGUGAUUGCCAACAAGGGUUUUGCCACCAAGUACUAAGUCAUGUUUUUCAGAGGGGUCAAAUACUUAAAUCCCUCAUUAAAAUGCAAAUCAAUUUAUAACAUUUUUGACGUGCAUUUUUCUGGAUUGUUUUGUUGUUAUUCUGUCUCUCACUGUUCAAAUAAACCUACCAUUAAAAUUAUAGACUGAUCAUGUCUUUGUCAGUGGGCAAACGUGCAAAAUCAGCAGGGGAUCAAAUACUUUUUUCCCUCACUGUAUAUAUAAAAAUAUACUAUGACAGAGUAUUUUGUGUAGAUUGUUGACAGAAAAUGGCAAUUAAAUUAAUUUUAAUCCCACUUUGUAACACAAUAAAAUGUGAAGAAAUCCAAGGGGUCUGAAUACUUUUUCAAGGCACUGUAUGUGUUAUGGGUGUACCUGUAGAUGGGAUACUGUAGCCUACGUCAUGCAUGUGCAAUGUUUGCAGUAUCAGGGUUCACAUUAGCUAUCAGAAAUCUGCAAUUUAAAAACGCAGACCAUUAAAUUAAAUCUGUGUUUUAAACCAUUUCACCUGCGUUUUAUAGUGAAAAUCAACCGUGGUGUUUUGCUUCAAUACUUAUCUAUAAGGGAUGUGCAACUAACAGUGAAAUGCUUACUUACGGACCCUUCCCAACAAUGCAGAGAGAAAGAAAAUAGAGAAAUAAUAGAAAAGUAAAACAGGUAAUAAUAAAUAUACAAUGACUAACUAUAACUUUGAUAUACACAGGGUACCAGUACCGAGUAGAUGUGCAGGGGUACGAGGUAAUUGAGGUAGAUAUGUACAUAUAACUGGGAAUAAAUUGACAGAUAAUAGACAGUAGCAGCAGCGUAUGUGAUGAGACAGAAUGGUUUGUUCAAAAAGUCAAUGCAGAUAGUCCAGGGAGCUAUUUGGUUAACUAUUUAGCAGUCUUAUGGCUUGGGGGUAGAAGCUGUUCAGGGUCCUGUUGGUUCCAGACUUGGUGCAUCGGUACCGCUUGUCGUGCGGUAGCAGAGAACAGUCUAUACAUUUUUACAUUUUUGUCAUAUAGCAGACGCUCUUAUCCAGAGCGACUUACAGUUAGUGAGUGCAUACAUUUUCAUACUGGCCCCCCGUGGGAAUCGAACCCACAACCCUGGCGUUGCAAGCGCCAUGCUCUACCAACUGAGCUACACAGGGCCCCUAUGACUUGGGUGGCUGGAGUCUUUUUUUAGGGCCUUCCUCUGACACCACCUGGUAUAGAGAGGUCAUGGGUGGCAGGGAGCUCAACCCCAGUGAUGUACUGGGCUGUACGCACUACCCUCUGUAGCGCCUUGCUGUCGGGUGGUAAGCAGUUGCCAUACCAUACGGUGAUGCAGCGAGUCAAGAUGCUCUCAAUGGUGCUGCUUAGAACUUUUUUUAUUAUUAAUUUUUUUACCCCUUUUUCUCCCCAAUUUCAUGAUAUCCAAUUGGUAGUUAGUCUUGUCCCAUCGCUGCAACUCCCGUACGGACUCAGGAGAGGUGAAGGUCGAGAGCCAUGCGUCAGCCGAAACGCGACCCUGCCAAGCCGCACUGCUUCUUGACACACUGCACGCUUAACCCGGAAGCCAGCAGCACCAAUGUGUCGGAGGAAACACUGUACAACUGGCGACCUUGUCAGCGUGCAUGCGCCCGGCCCACCACAGGAGUCGCUAGAGCGCGAUGGGACAAGGACAUCCCGGCCGGCCAAACCCUCCCCUAACCCAGACGACGCUGGGCCAAUUGUGCACCGCCUCAUGGGUCUCCCAGUUGCGAACAGCUUGAUGUUAGUCUUGCAUUUUAACUUGCUACUGGAGAAAAACUAUACCGCUGGAGGAAAGUACCAGAGAAAAGUAGCGUACACAACAGUCAGGGUGCAGUCUGGUGAUCCAAUAGCGAGGGCAAAGGUAUUUCAUCCGAGUGGAGAAGUGCAACUGAAGCACAAAAUGUGUCCUUUUACAUUCAGGAUUUGGAGCGAACUCUGACUGAAGCCGAGCAGAAUUUACAAUAAGAAGCAUUUUAGAGCUGCGUUUUCUAAACACAGCAAGAUAUUGUUUGUGGUUUUUCUUUCAUUUUCUGUAUGAAAACCCAAAAUCCUGCAUUAGCGCAACCCCUGGGUAUUGAAUUGGGGACAUGACUAGUUUUACACAAUACCCAUGUCCUCCUUAGUCAGUAGCUAAAUGGAUGUCCACUUUUAAUACAAUGACAAAAGUUAACUCUUGUUUUUUUGUCUGUCUUUUUAGAAUCGAGAGCUACUCCUGCAAGAUGGCUGGUGAUGACAAGCACAUGUUUAAGCAAUUUUGCCAGGAGGGGGAGCCACAUGUCCUAGAGGCCCUCUCACCCCCCCAGUCCAGCGCCACCAGCCCGCCCCAGUAAGUACCACAGCCACAUCCCUUAUCAAUGUUUACAUAACACGGAAAUCACACUAGGAAUGAAACGGAGGCAAACGGGGAGGGACUGCCUGUUUUCCGUUGCAGAAUGUUUUGCUAUGUUGUGCACUAAUGAAUAUGACUCUGUUGAUACUGGUGUUGUGUCACAGUAUUAGUCGCUUAUGUGGCACACUAAGGGGGUGGCAGGUAGCCUAGCGGUUAAGAGCAUUGGUCCAGUAACCUUAAGGUCGCUGGUUCGAAUCCCUGAGCCCACAAGGUGAAAAAUAUGUCUGUGCCCUUGAUAAUAAAUGUUUACUUCCCAACCAAAUUACUGAACACUCUCCCUCUCUCUCUACUCAUCUCCCUUGUUUUGUGCAGACUGGGGAAGAGCAGUGAGGACGGCGAAAACCCUCUGAGUGACAAGUGUUGCAGGAAGACCUUGUUCUACCUCAUCACCACGCUCAACGAGUCGUUCAGGCCCGACUACGACUUCAGCGCAGCCCGGGCCCACGAGUUUAGCCGGGAGCCCAGCCUCAACUGGGUCAGUAGCAAAGCCUCUGCUCCUCUCAUGAUUACACCGCAUUAGAAUGACUUUAAACCAAUCUAAUUGGGCGGUCAUUCAAGCCUCAUUUCAGAAUUGCCCACAUACUCAUAAACAGAUACUUUGAAUCAUCCCAUGCAAGUCCCGGAAGCACGUUGUUACAAAGCCAUACACAUAAGGGGAAGGUAGUGAGUUUUCUACAAGGGGCUUAUGGAAUAUCUCAGGCUGUAAGAUGGUGUGAAACUCAAUUCCUGGAGGGCCAUGUCUGCUGAUUUGUUUUUAUUUCCUUUCCGUUUUGUGUCUAAUUAAGACCUAAACCACCAGGUGACUAAACAAUAACCUUAAUUAUAACCUAACUAAUCACAAUAACCUUAGUUGAUCAAUCAAGUACAAAGGAGGAGUGACAUGAAAACCCACAGACACUCCGCCCUCCAGGAAUUGAGUUUGACACCCUUGCUGUAAGAGGUCUACACAUCAGUGAGGAGAAUAAGUAUUCCUAAUGAUUGUGUGCCAUGUCUCCACCAGGUGGCGAAUGCAGUGAAUAGCAGCCUGUACUCAUCAGUUGGAGUGGAGUUCAACUCCCUGGGGCCGGAGCUGUGGAACUCCAUCGACGAGGAAAUUUGCCUGCAGGAAUGUGACAUAUACAGGUGUGUGUGUCUGUGUAUGACGGAAUAUUGUGGUCCCAUGUGGCUCAGAUGGUAGAGCAUGACACUUGCAACGCCAGGAUGGUGGAUUCGAUUAUCACAGGGAAUUUUAUUUUUAUGCAUGCACUCACUACUGUAAGUCGCUCUGGAUAAGAGCGUCUGCUAAAUGACUAAAAUGUCAACGUUAAUGAAUAUGUAUGUGCUGCUUGUUGUGUUUGCUGCCAGUAUAUGUAGUAUAUUUAUAUGUCCUUAUUUGUCCUCAGCUACAACCCUGACCUGGACUCAGACCCCUUUGGGGAGGAAGGCAGCCUCUGGUCCUUCAACUACUUCUUCUACAAUAAGAAGCUGAAGAGGAUUGUAUUCUUCACCUGUCGCUCCGUCAGGUGAGCAGCCACAGCAGGCUUCAUUCUGGCUCCAUUAUCAAUGCAAUCUGUGACAAUACACAUAUGAGUUUGUUAGUUCUACAGCCAGUCUGAAAUAGCUGGUGGCCUGUGGAUGACUUUCUAUAGUCCACUGUGUAUGUUAUAAAAUCGGAAAAUCUGUCUCAUGUUGCUGGUAUGAAUUGCUCACACCAAACCAGUAUAGUACGCUGGUUCUGGGGGGUGGCUUUUACCAUACAGCAGCAGGAGUUGAUUGGGCUUGAUGUGCCGAGGCCGCUUGUACACAACCCAAAGCCUGUCUGGUCUCAGGCGGUGUGAGACUGUUAUCCACUACCAGGAGGACAAAAGGCCAGGGAAGGGGACUAACAGAUCAACUUCAAAUCCUCCACAAACAAUCUAUCAAUCAGAGCAACCACAUGGACCGGUAUGUUUGAAUAAUGAGGCAGGAUUUUUCUGCUUUAUUUCCGCAGUGUCUUGAGUGGGUAUGGCCGCGGUUGUCUGGACAACGAGUUGGACAUGGAGCUGGAUGAUGAAGAGGAGAUGGAUGGAUUCACUGAGGACAGGUGGGAUCAUGUUACUAUAAUAAUGUUACUACCUGCUUAUAGUCUUCUAGUGCACCAAUGGGCCUCAGUCUUACAUAUAUACUUUUGUCUGUGCAUGGGGUUACAUUUGGGUUUCGUGUCUAAAUGGAGCCAUGAUUGACACUACCUUGUUCUCUCCCUGUCUGCAGGUUCCCCAGAGCUCUUUGUGUCUAA